GCAAAUAUUACAGCCAUCUUUUUUUUCUUCCUUCUCAAUACACUCACCAGUCACGCCUUACGCUUAGGCAAAAGUUAUUCCAACAUUCAAUUCAAGUUGCUGAAGAAACUGCCCCUUUCAAGUUUAAAAUUUCUCAAGGUCCAAAGAAACCCACUCUGAAAACAGCCCCCCACAAUCCAUCAUCAAAGGGCGCUUCUAUAUUUACUUCCCCACUCGUCUCUUUAUCCCGCCCUUUAUAACCUCGGAAAACUCAUAUAGAACUCUCUCUGACCCCCUUCGUCACUCUCCCUUUUAAAAAAACACAACGCGAACCCGCCCAACAUGAACAAGUUCAUCAUUUAGUGUAGUUUGUAAGUCCCCAAUAAGAAAUAAAAUGUCCUCUCGUGGAUCCUCCUACUCCGGACCCACGAAUCUGCCGCCCACGGCCCUCGAACGCGCAGCCGCCAAAGCGCAAAGAGCGCGAGAGAAGGAACAACAGCAAGACUUCGACCCAUAUCUCGAUACGCGUGCUGGUGCGUCCCCCUCCAGCUCUACCUUCCCCCACUUCCAAUCCGUGGACUGGGCUCCCACUCCAACUUCCGCGGUUAAGGAAGGAGAAGAAAAAGAUUCCACCACAUCUACGCCUACAACAUACCUCUCAGCCGUAGACUGGGGAGCAACCGACGAACCCAGCGGCACCAGCGGUCUCGGAAAUGCACGAGGUGGGGAGGUAAAAAGGGGUGUGUAUGAAGCAUGGCACUUGACGUAUGAGCCGAUGAGGAGGCCAAGCAGAGGCUUAUACGUGUGGGAAUGUGUGAAAAUGAACCCAGCGCAUUUCCCCACUGUGGCUCAGGAGAAGCAAGAGAGGAGAUGUGAAACGUGUGGCCAUUGGCUUGCGCCGGUUGAGUGGGUUGAGAGCGGGGGUAUCGGCGUUGGAUGAAUAUACUAUGUAUCAUUGGGUUUUUAUUCAUC